AUGCCCACUCAACCAAAUCCCAAUCCUAAUAAUAAGCCAUCCCAACCCGUGUAUAAUAAUGAGGUGGCAGGUUAUCCCACUUAUCUGGUUAAUAUAGUAGAACUAGAAGGAGUGCAAUUGGGGUUGGGAAAAGCCCUCCAAGGUCCCACAAUCAGAGAAAUAAAUGAAGAACAUGAAGCGGAGUCCGAAAAAGAACCUCCAUUUCCUGACCGGUUGCUUUCUAAACCUAUACAAAAGGAACCUACGCAAACUGAAUUCGAUCUCAUUAAUGAACUCUACAAUGUUAACAUUAAGAUUCCUUUGUUGCAAGCUAUCAAGGAUAUUCCGGUGUAUAAUAAAAUAGUUCGAGAGUUAUGUACACGAAGGAAAAAGAAGAAAGAAGAUCCAAAAACUGUUCAAGUUAUUGGGCAAUUGGUGGAUCUUAUGCUUGGCAAUUUGACAAUUCCCAAAUAUGCAGAUCCCGGAAGCCCAGUAAUCCAGGUAAGCAUUGGUAAGAUUACUAUUCCUAAUACACUUGUGGAUUUGGGUGCUGAAAUUAAUGUAAUGACUAACGAGACCAAAACAAAAUUAUCUCUUGAAGGACUUAGGCCCACACCUACUGUUCUCCAGAUGGCUGAUCGUUCACUGGUCAAGCCUGAAGGGGUUAUUGAAGAUGUGGUCCUUUCUAUUGAUUCAUGGGACUUUCCAACUGACUUUAUGAUCUUGCAGCCGAAAGUUAAGUUGGGGGGAUAUCCCUUAAUCUUAGGAUGA